CUAGCUAGUACCGAAACCCUAAAGCUAUAGCGGCGAUUUCACAGGCGACAUCAAGCUCCACCGACGCAAACUCUUUUUCUAGGUACACUUCUCUUCUUCUCCAAAGCUUCAAACAUCAUGGAAGGGAAGGGAACUUGCAGAGACUUACUUGAAUUGGAACACAAGAAUCCAUCAUCUUCUUCCUCUGCUACCGAUUCAGCACUUUUGAUCCGUAAGGAGACCAAGAAGAAGAGGGAGGAGGCUCGUCCAUCGAAGCCAACGAUAGCUCCAGUUCCCAAAAGCGAGUUUCUCGACAAAGUCAAAGGCUUUCUGGGGGUCAUGGCGGAAGCUAACAAAAAGUUGGAGCAAGAAACAGAGGAAGGAAACUCUGAGGCUUUUGAUAUCGAAGCACUUACGGGGAACGAAUCUCAGGUUAUUGAGAUGGAUUUGAUGCUCGGUGUCGCUGAUCUCAACACGCCUGAAGCAGUCAGUGCGGCUGAAGCGGCUAUUGCCGGUAAUGGUGUGGCUAAUGGAAGUGGAGGAGAUUCAAGCAGCGAUGAGAGUGAUGGUGAUGAUGAUGAAAAGAUGAGCUCUUUGGGUGAAGAAAGUAGCAGAAAAGGAACCAAGAUAAUGGAGCUCUCUUGAGAUAAUAUUUUCUCUUUUCAAGUUUUAUACUUUAUAUGUUACACUUACCUAAUGUUAUCAUUGAGAUUCAUCGUUGUGUUUUGUCGAAAAAGAACACUUGGCAAUUAUGAUUAGUUAUAACCGUG